AUUUGACAAUCACUCCACAUAAAGGAUUAUUUGUUCAGAUUUUAUUUUAGUUUUAAACUUUAUAAAUUCCUUGUAAAUUAGACAUGGUAAAGGUAGUUAGUUGGUAAACUACAAACCUACAGAAAAUGUCGGAUUUUACAGGUGUAUUUUAUAUCUUCUUGUGGAUAUCUUACACUACAGGUACUGAAUUUAUAUCUCAAAAUGAGACAACAUGGAAAGAUAUAACUACAAUUUGCCAGGUUGCAUUGCCCGAGAUAAAUUACAAGGCAUUCAUGAACGGGAAGGAAUUUCUUGUAGACUAUUCUGGAAAAAUUGAAGAGCAAAAUGGUGUAUGGGUGGGCUACUAUCUAUCUGCUGCGCCGUUUGAGUAUAUUGGCUGUUCUAUUCUUGAAAAGGGGACAGCAUUAGCUCAGUUCGAUCGAAAUACACCAGGACUGUGCUUUUCGGCUUGUCAGAAGAAAGGGGUGAUAGGUAUUAAUGAUAAAAAGUGCUUUUGUUUGAACAGUAUCAGCGGAUUAGACAUUUUUGCUACAAAAUGUAAUACAGAAUGUAAAGAUCAGUCCAAUAUUGAAUGUGGUGGAGAAGAGCAUAUGUCGCUAUACAAACUCAGUAUUACUGAGUUUGAAGCAAAAUAUGAAGACGAUGUUGGAGUGUGUCUGUCGUAUCAGAUAAACAGUAACGUACAGAGUUUCUAUUGGAAUAGUUGCGCAAUAACAAUUCAGACAAUAUGUGCAUCGAAUAACGGAUCCGUUCAAGAACUUUCUAGUACUACUAAGACUACAUCAACAAAAUGGAAUUUGGCUAUGAACUUAUGCUUGCAAAAUUCAAUGACCCCAACGACAAUUACGCAACUAGAACAAUUUAAAGGACGUUACAGACUUACACCAUCAUGGACAGGGAUUAUUUCAAGUGAUGUUAUUUAUUCAAUACACGAUGCUGCUGCUACACAUAAUAAUUCCAGAAAACAGUUCGGUUAUCUUACGCAGAAAGGAGAUACUAUCCUGCUACAAUUUGAUGACAAAGUCUCUUCAUCAAGAAAAAUUCUAUGUAAAAGCGGAAAAACUAAAAAAGAAUCCAAUGGCUCAAAUGUCGGAGUAGCUGUUGGCAUUUCAGUUGUGAUGGUUUUAGUUAUAGUAGCGGUGGUCGUAGCAGUUUUUAUUUUAAAAAGAAGAGGAAAACUUGAAGGCAUAUGUUUUAAAAUGCCUACAAAUACUAAACCAGUACAGCGAACACAACAUUUAUCAAUAGUUCACAAAAACACUUACGAAACGCCUACUGAUUCUCCUUAUAACGAGAUUGAUGAUGCUACUUUACAAAAGAACAGCGAUACAAAAAAUGAUACCUUUGAAAGUAACGGACAUUAUGCUCACACUUAUUUUGUUUUGGAAGGCCAGGAAUCAGAUCCUAAAGUAGAAAAUGGCAUUGCUAAUUCUAGACAUGAAGAUAGUAACAGCGAGUACAACACAUUGAGUUCAAAUAUAAAGCGUGGAAACAAUACUAACAAUGCAUAUGACACGACAGAGAACGCAAUGAAAAGACUGAAAGAUCAACAUGAUAAAGGCAUUGAUGAUAUGAAGGGUAACAAUUCUGACGACAUUGAGGAAGAUGCUUACACUCAUAUUAGUGAUGCAGCUCUGAAGAACAAAAGAACAGAUAAUUAUUACGGUGUACCAUCGAGUUGUGCUGAAAACGAGUAUGGUGAUGUCAGAAAAAGUAAUGGAAAUGCUCAACAAGGUGACGGAGAUCCAUAUAAUCAUAUUCACGUUUAAUAUUUACGUAAUAAAGAAACGUUAUUAUCUAAUGAAUGUGUUGGGUAUCUACGUGUUUAAUAACAAAUAUUUAUGUUUUCAGAUAUUUCUUAGUUGACUGAUAUUCAAUGUCAUCUUUAAUAAAAGAUAAAAUACUGAGUUGUUUCCAAUGACAUGGUAUAGUAUUGAUCAACAAUCUGUAUUUUCAAUUUUUAUCACUUUGAAAAACAAAUAAUAUAAAGAAAGAAAAGAGGCAAGUUACAUGUUUCGCUUCGCUAGAUACUGAAAUAAUAAUUGCUUGAAACUAAAACUGAAAUUGGUAUAAUUGGUUUGUUGUCAAAACAUGUCGAAGGUUCUGCACCAUAGUGUGUUGCUUACAUGCAAAAUAGCCAAUUGUGAUUAACCCAUUCAAAUAAAAUGAAACCAAUCGGUAAUUGCCUUUUAUAAACGUUUUCUUCUGAGCUUUGUCUCGAAUCUCAGGACUUUUAUGACUCAUUUAUGGAUUUGCUUCAAUUGGUCAGUUCAGUGACCAUUUUAUAUUAGUUUCAGACCAACAAAAUACCUUAGCUGAGAAAUUUAGCCUCGGACCCUGAUCAGACAUAAAUCUAAAACCUUCUGAACAGUAAAUAAAGAUGAGUUUAGUAAACUUGAAAGCAAACAAAUUUGAAUAAAUAUGUCGUACAAUUAUAAUCAGGAUAAUAACAUAUCAGAUCUUAUAAAAUGAAAAGGCCCACUUUUGACCUAUAAAUAAGCUACGAAGCUGUAAAAAAAGUGUAUACAUUGACACUCUGUUAUUGCUUGCCAUCACGCUCUAGUGCUAUUCCUUAAAAAGAACGAGUUAUUUAACAAUUUCUUUACUUUUACUGGCUGGAGAUACAUGAUAUAAUGUGGUUGGCUUUUAGGAUUAGGAGUGUUAUAUGUAAGGAUGUCAUAUGUUUUUUAUGACUGUUAUAUUGUUUUUAGGAUUGGUAUUUAAAGUGACACGCCUCUAGAUGAGUAAAAUACAAAACAUCAGACUAAAGUUUAAAUAAUUAUUAUUUGCAAAUUAUAUUAAUAAUAUUUACAACCGAUGUAAAACUUAGAAUGUAUUGAGUAAAAUAUCUAUUAAAGUUACUAGUAGAUUAAGGAACAAUUCUGCGUACGUUGACAAAUUAUAAAUGUUUUGUGGUUAAAAAUAUUGUGCCUUAGGCCUGGCACUUACAGUUCGUACACUUGACAACCUAUUUACUCUUAAGAGCAGUUUCUAAAUUUUUAUAAAUAUUAAAGCAUAAUAUUGAGAAAAUGUUACAUAGAAUAGAGAGAAUAACGUAGCGCCCAACCUUCAUGUUGAUAGUAUGCUAUAUACAUUAAACGUUCGGAUGUGUGUAGGAUCUGCAUAUAUCUGGGCGUUUAUCGGAACACUGUAAACUUGUACACUGCUAUAACCAUUCAAAUCUUACAACCAGGAAUAUCAACACAAACUACACAGAAUUUCAACUAAAAUAAAUACAGUCUGGUUGUCUCAACACUUCACAUAAAUUUAAAAAAGAAAAUAUACUUGGUUUUAUUUUUAAGUAAUUUUGUAGAUAUGUCCUGUAUGUUAGAUUUUGUUGUAAACUUAUGUAUAGUCUCUUAUAACUCAUCUAUGAGUGGCAUUUAUGUACAUGUACAAUGUCGUAGGUUUUAUUGUGUAUUGUUUUAAUAUUGUACACGAUGAUGAGACUUUAAUAAACUAUCUUAUCUA